GGCUGCAGUGCCCGCUCUCCAUGCCCCAACCAGCCAGGUCUUUCAAGGUUCUGAUGCUUCCCUUCGCAUAAGGAAAGAACUGGGCAGCUGGACCCAGAGGCUCCCUUCUCCUAGGCUGACCUUCCAGAGCUACAAGAAAUCACACCAUUUUCAAAUACUCAUGGCAGAAGAGAGGGCUGCCCUCAAGAUCACCAGGGACCUGAAAACUGCUGUCUCCGCCAUCCUCCAGGGCUAUGGGGGCAGGCAGUCGGUGACAGACGCAAGCGCUGAGCUGCACAGACUCUGUGGCUGCCUGGAACUGCUGCUACAAUUUGACCAGAAAGAGCAGAAGAGCUUCCUGGGGUCUCGGAAGGAUUACUGGGACUUCCUCUGCUCGGCCCUGUGGCGGCAACGGGGGAACACGGAGCCAGCUCGCUUCGUCCACUCGCAGGGCAAGUUGAAGACCUCUCUGGGAAAAGGCCGGGCCUUCAUCCGCUUCUGCCUAGCUCACGGACAGCUGGCCGAGUCCCUGCAGCUCUGCCUCCUGAACCCAGAGCUCACCAGGGAAUGGUAUGGCCCACGGAGCCCUCUGGUGUGCCCCGAACUCCGGGAAGACAUCCUGGACUCUCUCUAUGCUCUCAAUGGAGUGGCCUUCGACUUGGACCUGGAGAGGCCAGACCUGGAUGGUGCCUGGCCCAUGUUCUCAGAGUCCCGCUGCUCCAAUUCCAGCUGGACACUGGGAAGAAGACCCAGAAAGACCAAAGAUUCCCCAAAGGAGAUCUCAGCUGUAGAUGCGUACUCCAAAGGAGUCCAACCAGAGGAGCCACACACCAGCCAAGCCCGCUGUCUGCAAGAUGCACCAGGGGAAGACGGAUUGGCUGGACUCCCCAGGUCACAGCAACACAGGCAUCUUCCUCCCCUUUUGGAAAAGAAGAGAGAAGAUCUCAGGAGCCUCAGGGCCCCCCAGAGCAUGUGGGAACAAGAAGGGGAAGAGCUGCAACAAGACAAGGAGUUGGGAGCCCCAAGGAUGGGGAUCAGCCUGGAGAACUCAACACCCAACAUCAAGGGCCAGGAGGAGGGGGCCAAGUGGGCUCUGAAGAAGGUGAUAAGGAUGGAAGGUGAGGGCAGAGGGGUUGUGCUGAGUGCAGAAAGCCAGACAAAAACAAAGGGGACUCGUGAAGGGGAAGCAGAGUGGGAUCAUGUCCAGAGGCUGCUGGCCUCUGGCCCUAGAGGGAUGAUAGAGGAUGCGAUGUCCGUGAGCAGGUGGGAGUGGGAGGUGCCUAGCAUCCUGGGGGAGCCCCACGUCCUUCAGAGCCUAGGAACAAAGGAAGGCUCCACCACAGAGAUGCCACAAGAGCAAACAGGAAUGACCAGUGUGACCAGGAGGGAGGAGCAAGCAGAUGUGGCCCUGCAGGAUGUGGUCAAGAGCCUCAGACAUAAGCUCCAAAAGGCCAAGGAGCAGGCCCAACACCAGGAGCAGCUGCUGAAGGAGCAGGAGGGGGAGCUGAAGGCACUGCAGGAGCAGCUCAGCAGGUGUCAGGAAGAGAGGGCCCAGCUGCAGGCAGAGCUGGAGCAGAAGCAACAGGAGAUUGAAAAGAGGGAUGCCAUGUAUGAGGAGGAGCUUGGAGGGCAGCGGGACCUGGUCCGUGCCAUGAAGCGGCGGGUGCUGGAACUGAUUCAAGAGAAGGAUAACCUGUGGCAGAAGGUCCAGCAUCUCUCUUCUGUGGCCCCUGGAUGCUGUGUCAGCUGUAGCAAGCUCUUUGGCCGACUGUCUCGGCGUUACCCGUGCAGGCUCUGUCGAGGCCUGAUCUGCCAUGCCUGCUCUGUGGAUUAUAAGAAACAAGAGCGCUGCUGCCCACUCUGUGCCCAGAAAGGAGAAGCCCAGGUCAUCUGACCAAGACCCACCCAAGACUGGCCAGCCCACCCCACUCUCCCUCGGCCCUUCCCAGGUCUCUGGCCUGACCAGUCCUACCUUCCAGAGCUUGGUGACUUAAGGCCGACGGCACUUGUGUGGCCAGACUGCGGUGUGGCGAGUCGAAGGAGCUAGGCUGGCAGUCAGGAGACAGGUUUGAGCCUCCAUCUACAACUGAUGAGCUGGGCAGCUUUGGCAAAGCUCUCAGCUCCUCAGGCUUUUUUGGUAACAUGAGGGAGUCGGGCGCCAUCCACUCUAAAGUCCCUUCAGGCUCAGAAAGUCCUUGACCAAAAAUAAGUAAGGUCCAGUGGUCCUGACAUUUCUCCUCCAUACUCCCUCCUCACCCAGCCCACCCUUCAAAACAUUGCACAGUCUCGGAGUCUCCACGUGCUUCCCGUCUGGAGUCUGCUUCAGGGUCUGUUUUUGUUGUUUUGUUUUUAACAGCUUUCUCAAGGGACUAUUAACAUAUAACACAAUUCACAGAAAUUGUACAACGUGAUGAGUUUUUACUUUAAUUUACAUCCAUGAAACCAUCACCAUAUUCCAAAUAAUGAACAAACAAACACAUCAGUCAGGCCCAGAGCUUCCUCAUGCCCUUUGGAAUCCCUCCCUCCUCCUCCCCCUCCUCCUCCCCAGGAAACCAUUUACCUGCUUUCUGUCAUUAGAAACAAGCUUGCAUUUUCUAGCGUUCUAUAUAAAUGGAAUCACACCAUAUGCAUGCUUUAUUGUCUGCCUUCUUUUAUUCAGCAUAAUUGUUUUGAGAUUCAUCCAUGUUGUUGUAUAUAUAUAUCCAACACUUUUUCACUACUGGGUAAUAGUCCACUGCAUGGAUAUACCACAAUUUGUUCACACAUUCACCUGUUGCCAGACAUUUGGGUUGUUUUUAAUUUGAAGCUAUUACAAAUAAGUUUCCUAUAACCAUCUGUGUAUGAAUCCUUGUGUAGACAUAUGCCUGUAUUUCUCUCGGGUUAAUACCUAAAAUGAAAUGGCCAGGUCAUAUGGCAGGUGUGUGUUUAAGAAACUGCUGAGUUAUUUCCCAAAGAGGUUGUGCAUUGUACCAUCCUGCCAGCAGCGUGGGGGAGCCCCAGAUGCUUCCCAGCGCACCUGGUUUGGUGGACAGGAGAGGAGGCAUGGACAUGGGACUUGGGCCUCUUCGUCCUCCCCUUCCAACCACUGUGGUGAACUGAUCAGUCCCAAGCUGUGAGCACCUGGAGGGAGGAGCUGAGUCUAAGUGACUCUCUGUUUAGUGCGCACUCACCUAGAUUUUAAUAAAGACAGUUGAUAAGGACUCAUGUAGCUCCAUGGUAGAAGAUUAUAUCCUCUGAUGGCCCAAGAAGUCUUCCGCAAAUUGCGUGUUACUCACUGGGCACUCAACUGUGGUGUUUCUGAGAAUACUGUUUCUGAAGAAGUGGGGGCCCCACUCUACGAGAAGGCAAUUAGCCCUACCUGGGCUCCAGGGCAGAUUGCGGCCCCAGACCGGCAUGCGCACUGUCCCCGUGCUGCACACAGAUGACCAGAGCAUCUGCAGAAGUUGGGAAACCCUGUGGCUCUGACCAGAGCCUGGAGACCGCCUCUUGGGGUCAUGGACACCCACAAUUGCACCUCAUUACCAUCACAUGGAGCAAGAAUUUCACAACAGCAGUUCCUGCCCUGGACAGCCAGUGAGAACUUCUCCUUAACAAAGUCAGCAACAAGGUUGCGGGGGGGAAGGGGGGGGUUACAGGAAAUGGAAGGAGGGGAUGCCGAGCUGGGGCUCCCGGAGCGAUCAGGGCAAAGGAAUGAUCCUUACCCUAAAGGGCAGCAGUCCCUUCCUGGAGGUCAGGCUUGCUCAGAUACCUUUAUGAGGACAGGGUUCUUAUAACAGUGGAAGAUAUCGUAUUCUAGUCAGAGCUCCAGUGUGGAGUUCAGACCUGCCUGAUGAACUGAUGGGGGGGAGGGGCCUAAGAAGCUUAUUUUCAAAGUGGGAUCAAGAUGCUCCUGGACGAGAAUUUGUAAGAAGGAAACCAGGGACCAAGAAUGGGGGAGGUUGACCUUCUCCCCCUGUUUGGGAGGGAUGGAGGUCAAUUCUGGGAACCAGCCUCUAGCUCAACACUACUCCCCAAAGGGUCCCCACCACAUCCAAUGGAGAGCACAAGUCUUCCACAAAAACAUUGGAAAAGCCCGUUAGACCCAGGAACCCUCUAGCAGAAGGUUUCACAAGGGUCACCAUAGACCGCCCCAGAGCGUGACACUGCGAGAGUGCCAGACCUUCAGCAGUGACCCCAGGGCACGUAUCUAGCACAGCAGUGCCCAGAGAAGCACAUGAGAAGUGCCCCCAAAUUCCUGGGGAGCACUUUAUAGGGGGAUGAAGCCCUGCAUGAGCUCAGGGGUCUGAGCCAGUGAAAUGUGGGCUAUCGCUAUUGACGUGACUUCAUUGAGCUCACAGGCUGGAGGUGUCCUGGAAAAUUUGGGCAACAUAAUUAUUUCUUUAAUUAGAUGUCCCUUGAAUGCUCCAACGUCUUAUCAGUUUCCCCACUUUGUCAAGUCAUUCAGUGCUCAAAUAAAUUAUAUUAAACACCUAGGAUAUGACAAACACUGAUUCGUCUGGGGAUACAGAGGUUACACACACACACACACACACACACACACACACACACACAUGCACAUUAUACCUGCUUUCAUGAACUUCACAGUUAGGAGGAGGAAGCAGCCAAA